AUGCAAGGCUUGGGAACGGAGUCGAUGGCCCCUUUCUUGGAGGGGGUCUCGGUCAUGAAACAUUGCUCGCCUCAUCGCAUGAAGCUCGACGCGAAACACUUGGAAGACAAAGUCGUGGCGUUGUUCUUCUCCGCCGGAUGGUACAAGCCGUGCAGGGAUUUCUCAAAUGCUUUUAAGAAGUUCUGCGAUAAAGUAAGCUUCAAACACUUCGCAGUGAUCGUCUUAAACCACGACGUACGAGAAAAAGACUUCAAGGCGUACUUUCUGACCGGACACAAGCACUGGUUGUGGGUGCAGUACGGCGACCCUGUUAUACAGACCCUGAAAGACGAAUACAACGUGUACGGCAUUCCGACGCUGAUGGUGGUGAACAACGUAGGCGACGUACUGGUGAAGAACGCAAGGAGUGAGAUUCAGCAGAAUCCGAAGGGCUCUGAGAUGGUGCUAAAUCGAUGGCAGAAGCUGGCGGGUGUAUGCCCCACGUCACCGACGGUGAUUCCGACCAGAAACCUGUUCAAAAAGUUGCAAUGUUUUGAUGUUGACGAUGACCAGUGA